GACUAGACGGGAGGGAACAAGAGGAAGAGGCAAAGCAAGAGGAUUUACUCCGCCCAAUUCUGUCCUCGUGAGAUAAGACAUUUUUGUUUGGACGUCUAUGAGAGCGUGUCGGAUUACGUGAAGUUUAUUUGAUCGAAUAUGCAUUUCAUAAUGUUUAGGCUGUUGCAAAUGUAAUGAUAUAAGUGGAUGAACGUGGCAUUCCGGCAACUUUCAGAAAAACUGCUUAGUUGUCCCUGUUGUUCACACGUGUAUCUGCUCUCUCAUUGGCUAGAAUUGUCCCACCUGAUCUCGUCUGCCUUCAAUAAUUGAGGACAUGUAUUUCCAUUGUUAGAGCGGUCCCUCGGCUAUCUUGUAGGCUAAAUAGAACAUAUCAUCUUUGGGAACAAUGAAAGAGCUGUCUGGUAGUGCCACAAGAGAGAUUGAGAUUGUGAACAGUUGUGAAAGGGAUAGUAAAAAACGAAACACAUAUUCCCUUGCUUGGAGUAACAGACAAUACCAGCCUGACGCAUCGAGGAGAAAUUGAAACACAGUGAAUAGGUGCAGAUAGAGAGUCGGGUCAUUUUCCACGCAGGUUGAAAAGUAUGCCGCAAAUGAAUGAAUUUCAUGUGGUGCUGAAUUGGGUCAUGCAGACCACAAGAAAAGCGAAAGACACACACACCCGCCUCCCGUUGCCUUGCAGGUUGAGCGGUGUGCGCUUUCCAUAGAGGAACGGAGCAUCUUGCCACCCAUUACCAAACCGUAGAAGAUAACGGUGUCAGUUCUCCAGUGGCACCGAAUAAUCCAAAACAGAAGAGUGUCUUUAAGCACGGAACCAAUCAGAGAAUUACCAACACAGACGAGAAAACGAGACACAAACCCGGACCGCAAUUCAGUUCACAGUAAUAGAUCUAAAACAGGAGAUAUCGUCGACCAGACCCCAGUGAAUCAACCGGUCAAUUGAAGAGUGCAGGUGCUCCUUGCACCGCGCGAAUGCAGGACCACGGAGGAGAGAGACAGGUCGCUAGCAGUUUGCCCCACAGCGUCAAGGUGAGCCUGUCUCUGUUGGGGCCGGGCCGGGUGGGUGGUGGAGGCUCUCCCAACUCCAAGGUGGGCUACUGCGGUGGUGGAGGAGUGCCUGUGGAGGACAUGCAGGCCCUGGCCAUUACCUCCCUGCCGGGUGCAGACGUGGCAAAACACUACGAGCACAUCCGCGAGCUGGGCAAGGGCACCUAUGGCAAGGUGGACCUUGUGGCACACCGCACACAGGGCACCAAAAUGGCUCUGAAGUUUGUGACCAAGAGCAAGACGAAGCUGAAGAGCUUCCUAAGGGAGUACAGCCUGACGGGAACACUGAGCUGCAGCCCAUUUAUCAUCAAAGUCCUGGACGUACUCUUCGAGACCGAGGAUAGCUACGUCUUUGGACAGGAGUAUGCCCCCGCUGGAGACCUGUUCGACAUCAUUCCUCCCCAGGUGGGUCUUCCGGAGGAGAUGGUGAAGCGCUGUAUGCAGCAGCUGGGUCUGGCUCUGGACUUCAUGCACAGCAAGAACCUGGUUCACCGUGACAUCAAGCCCGAAAACGUGCUCCUCUUCGACCGCGAGUGCCGGCGCGUCAAGCUGGCUGACUUCGGCAUGACGCGGAGAGUGGGCUGCCGGGUGAAGCGCGUGAGUGGCACCAUCCCGUACACGGCGCCGGAGGUGUGCCGCGCCAGUCGUGCCGAAGGCUUCCUGGUGACCACCAGUCUGGACAUCUGGGCGUUCGGAGUGCUUGUCUUCUGCAUGCUGACCGGUAACUUCCCCUGGGAGGCAGCGCUGCCUACUGACGCAUUCUAUGAGGAGUUCCGGCGCUGGCAUCGUGCGGGGUGUCCCACGGCGGCCCACCCAUCCCAGUGGCGCCGCUUCACUGACGACGCCCUGCGCAUGUUCCAGCGGCUGCUAGCUGCCGAACCUGAGAAGCGAUGCGGCGUGAAGGACGUCUUCUGCUUUGUCAAGUACGAGCUGGUCAGCGAAUUCCGACGCCGUGCCUCCUGCCGAGCCAAGCGAGGCGAGAGGUCCAGUUCAUCUGGUGUAUGCCCUGCAGGCUGCCCCUCCUCCUCAUUGCGCUCCCACAGACACCCAGAGCCCUCCACUCCACCAGGGACGACCUCAAUCUUGCACCCAGCGCCCCUGAAGAGGAGCGUCCUCUCUGACCCCCAGUCCCCUCAGGAGGAGUCUCCUGGCCAGCACCACUCUUCUCUGGGUCGAGAGAAGACCAAGGUGAUGGCUACUGCCAUAGAGAUCUGUGUCUGACAGAGACUGGAUGAGCAGCGGUAUCUGUGGGCGUUGCCAUGGCGAUAGGAACCUGCGCAAGGUACUUGUAACGGCCUGGAGUUGAAGGUUGACUCUGCUGAGAAGAAGCCCAAUAUCGAAUUCUUGACUGUCCCACAGAUUGGUAUCAGCACUCACGGCAGUACACUCUUGGACAAGUCAUCACUAGCGCAUGCGUUUGUUAUUUUGACUUGUGACCUUAGACUGUUUUCUGAGUUAGAGAAGCGACAUUCAAGAGUCCACUGACUGACGUCGUUUUUUUCACAGCAACUCGUUCCACUGUUCAGCUAUUUUGCUUCUUGGUACACACAUUAACACGGCUAACGAUGCUAAUAGAAACAGUUCUAGCCAUUUCUAAACAUUGGGUUCAGUAGAAACCUUCAAUGCUCCCUGAUGACACAUUUCCAUUCUGCCUCCCUUCUCCCUAAUUUCUCUUCUUCUGCUUCUCUCUCUAUAUAUAUAAAUACCUUUGACCUGGGGAGGCCCAAACCUUAGCUGAUCUAGUGACAUGCUUUAGAAAACUAGCUGAUCAGAGGGCCAGCGAUCCAAUAGGUCAAACUGAUCUUCUGUCUGACUGACAUAUCGCUGAACGAAUGGGAUUCCAUGGCAUUUCCGGUCAUUUCCAACGUGUGAAAAUGGCUAUGGACAUAGGGGAGAAUGAUUGUUUUUCAAAAGGAGAAAAUAUGUGAAGGUGACUCUCCAAUGUAGCAGUUACUAUGACAAUGGGACAUUGCUCAUCUAGACUGUCUGAACUGAGACAGGACCCUGCUGUCAGACAUCUCAGGACAUCUCAGCGGUUACUUCCUGUAGUAGACCACUGUUUAAAAGGACACAUUUCAUUCUGUAAUAGUGCCUAAUUAGUUCAUACAGGCAUCUUCCAAUGUGAAAAAAAAGAGAAAAUAUAUAAUUGCUUCUGUUGACAUUCAAAUGCUUGGAAACUGUUAUAGAAUAGAGGGAGUGUUUAUUUUAUAUUUGCUGUGUGUGUGUGGGGGGGGGGGGUGUUUGAACAACUAAAACACAAUCUCUUUGUAAAGGGGGAGAAUAAAAAAAAGAGUGCAUUAUAGAUAUUUACUAUGUUAAGCGCCACACUGUAUUGUUGUCAGGUAGUUCAACCAUGUAGCUCUAUUAAUAUUGUUUACUACUGGGAGAGGUUACAGGGAUCAACGCACUGAAUGUAGCAAAAAUAAUAUGACAUGUACAGUAUAUGAACAUUAUAAAAUGAUAAUGCUCUAUAGUGGUGCCAAAAAUGGGGUGGACAGUAGCAGCCUUUAGAGUAUGGUUGGGAUGGGACAAGGGCCUAUUGGAAUAGUACUGUUUAACACGUGUGUGAUGUCUCUCCCUGAGCACAUUCUGAACACUGUGACCUUAGCCCAUCUUAACCAUCAAUAGUCCCCUUCCUCUGUCAAUACAACUCAACUCAAAUCAACCAAGUACUUUACUGAGUUACUGCUUUACUGCACACAUGCAUCCUGUAUAACAUUACCGAAGCAAUUCCAAUAUAAUUGAUCAUAGAUCCCAUGUUCGCUCCAGGCUCCUCAAACUCCCAGCCAACCAAUCUUCCUCCUCUCUUCGUCCUUCACCUUCAUCACUCGCUCUCUUCCUCCCUUCCCCAUCUGCUUGUCUUUCUCCUGCACUUGAGUCUCUGAGCCAUUCUGUGUUGUCUGGUAGGAUGACCUCUCUCUCCCCCCUUUGACAUGCUGUGGGCUGAUGAUCAAUUGAGGCCGCCACACCGCGAGUGUCUCAGCUAGCGAAAAAAGAAAACAAAUGAUGUAAGCAUCUAAAAAGCGCACUGUGUGCUGCUUUAUCAAGCGUUCAUCUCUAUUUAUCAGCUAAGUUGCUGCUGUUAUGUCAGACAGGUGUGUUUUGUGUGUGUCCCACACUUCCCUUCUUUCCUUUCCCCGAUGACAGCCCAUUAUCCCUGUCGCUAUAGUGACAGUCAGUGUUUUUAUGGUCAGUUUCUCAGCUCCUGUCCACUCCCGAAACAUCAAACAUAAUUGUCUGGUCUGGUCAUUCUGCAACAACACUGCCCUGCUAGCCAUGAGUUCUCAUAGCAAUUGCCUUCCACAUAUAAUGUGUAGUAUACAGUAUGUCUGUUCUGCUAUGUCGGCAAUGUCAGUCUCAUUCUAUCACAUAUACAAUGUACAUACAUCUGUUGUACUGUUUACGUUUGUCAAAAUCUGUCCAAUUCACCUUCCUUCUUCCUCCAUCGUCUCUAGAACACCUACCUGCUAGUCAUGAAGUCAGUGCCCUUGUCAUAUGUCACUCUUUAAGGAUGACCGUAGUCAGAGGAGAAUGGUGGUUCAUUGACCUCAAUCUGGGCAGAGAUUUUCUGUGAUCACUCAUAGGGUGAAUGCGUGCAUAACUUGCAUAUGUAGCCUCUACUUAUGUCAAGAUGCAUACACUGUUGCUGUGUGAAUUGUGAAUAUUUAUAGUUUUGUUCGAUAUUGCACAACCGUAUACAUCAGAACAGUGUUAUGUCAGUUGUCAUAAGUGUCAAGUUUUUGUCAGACUGUUAUGAUAGGUUAUGUAGGCAUUAUGAUCACAUUGUGUAAUGUUCAUUUUAGUUUUGUAGCCUACUGUUUACCUCAGUUAUGUCCUGAUCCUACUAGCUGGUGUCCACCAGCAAGUUGAAUUAUGUAAAUGUGCAAAUGUAUUAAGUCUUUAACACAGAAACAAAUAAAAUGUUUAAUAUUGAGUUUAA